AAAAUUUAUUUUAUUUAUUAUUUUUUAAUUGCCACGUCAUUGAGUUAACGGUCAACUUUGAAGGUUGACUGCCACAUCAGACAAAUUUAACGGAGUUGGACGGAGAGUGACCAAACUUGAACCAUUUAACUAAUUUGAGUGACCAAAAUUGGAUUUAAAUAUUUACAGUGACCAAAUUGACCAACCAUGCAAUUAACCCAGUAAAAUAUUCAAGUGUUCCACAGACGGAGAAAAGAAAAAUUGGGAAUUAAGGGGAAAAUAAAACAGGGGCGAUCCCUUUUGUAGCUCUGUCUCACAUGCCUUCUCUCUGCAACGACGACGAGGAGGAGGCCUCCAUUUCAGCGACAGAGGAGCUCUGAACAUAUAUAUAUUUUGCGGCUGAAAGGAUCCGAAUUACGCCCGUCCUCUUUCGCCUUCGCCCUUCUCGUCGAUUCAGUCAUUAGCAGAGUUUUGUACUUUGAGGGGGUGCAAUAUGAAUUGAUGGAGAUCCUUUCAUGGGUCAUGAGUUUGAUUCGAUAAAACUGGAGAAUGGGCGUAUCUUGGAGAUAUUCCGCUUGACAUUGUGCCAUCAGUGGUGGUAGGGUGUGGAGGAAGAGGCGCGUUUGUUGCUUUUGAUUCGUAAGCCAUGACAGAUGCAGCAGGGUUAAUGGAGGCGGCUGGAACUAGGUUUAGUUCCUUGGAGAUGAUUGGCAGAGGGUCAUUUGGAGAUGUUUAUAAAGCGUUUGAUAAGGAGCUCAACAAAGAAGUAGCCAUCAAAGUUAUUGAUUUGGAAGAAUCCGAAGAUGACAUUGAGGACAUUCAGAAGGAAAUUGCUGUUUUGUCACAAUGCCGGUGUCCAUAUAUCACAGAAUAUUACGGUUCCUAUCUUCAGCAGACUAAAUUAUGGAUAAUUAUGGAAUACAUGGCUGGUGGCUCUGUUGCAGACCUUCUUCAAUCGGGUCCUCCACUAGAUGAAACUUCAAUUGCUUGUAUUUUGCGUGAUUUGCUUCAUGCUGUUGAAUAUUUGCACAAUGAAGGGAAGAUUCACAGGGAUAUUAAAGCGGCAAACAUUUUGUUGAGCGAGAAUGGUGAUGUCAAGGUUGCUGAUUUUGGUGUUUCUGCACAACUUACAAGAACAAUCUCCCGAAGAAAGACUUUUGUUGGCACCCCCUUCUGGAUGGCUCCAGAGGUUAUUCAGAAUUCGGAAGGUUACAACGAAAAGGCUGAUAUCUGGUCUCUCGGGAUAACUGCUAUUGAGAUGGCGAAGGGGGAACCUCCUCUUGCUGAUCUGCACCCAAUGAGGGUCCUUUUUAUCAUACCGCGAGAAAAUCCACCACAGCUGGAUGAACAUUUUUCUCGUCCUAUGAAAGAGCUUGUUUCUAUGUGCCUAAAGAAAGCUCCUGCUGAGAGGCCAAGUGCUAAGGAACUCUUAAAGCACAGAUUUGUUAGAAAUGUGAGAAAGAGCCCAAGGCUUGUUGAGAGAAUAAGGGAGCGUCCAAAAUAUCCAAUUAAAGACGGGGACAGCCCAAGAAAUGGUACCCAAGCAAGAGGCGAAGCAUCUGAUACUGUCAAAGUGACUAGGGAUGUAAGGGCAGAUGGAACUGUUCAAGCCAGUGGUUCAAGAAAACCCCUGAAAAAUGCCGGGUGGGACUUCAGCAUUGGUGGAUCACAGAGUACGGGAACUGUUAGGAGUGCUUUAAGACCACCUCAGGUUAAAGAAAAGAAAGUUGAUGCGUCAUUUGAUAAGGUCAGUCAAAGAGGGACUUUGGAGCAUGGUAACCACUUGCUAUCUUCGUCUGGGAAUGCACUUCAGGAAUCAACUCAACCUUCACGCAUAAAGGAUUCCCGGGAGCCAUAUUAUACUGAUGAACAACCAGAUGAUGAUGAUGACUUGGCUGUGAGUGGUUCUGGAACUAUAGUUAUACGAACUCCUAAAGGAUCUCAGUCACCAUCUUCUUUUCAAGAUCAGAGUACUCUGUCUAGCACCACAUUAGCUUCAUUUGAUGAUGCAUCUACUAGUGGAACUGUUGUGUUCCGUGGCCAACAUGAUGAUUCUGAUUCUCCCCGGACCCCUAGAUCUCGAUUGGGGAUACAAGAGAGAAGCUCAAGUGCUUCACAGGAAGACAGUGCUUCAAAUUUGGCUGAGGCAAAAGCUGCAUUGCAAGGAGGAGCAAGGAAAGGGAAUGCUAGAGAAAGGUCCGGUUUCAGCAAGGCCAACAAUGAUGGCCAUGAAAGUAGGAGGAAACAGCAAAUAACAAAUAGCUCUGAUUCUGCCAGAAGUUCUCAAGACUACCUCGAUGCACAAAAAGCAUUCGCAAAAUCACGCCAGUCAAGUAUUGAUGAAGAAAGUGCGAGAGUAAUCUCAUCAUCAGCGCCUCUAUCAGUUUUACUUAUCCCUUCUUUGAAAGAGGCAGCUGCAAAUGGUUUAGAAGGAUCAGCAGUGCAUGCUGCUAUAAACUCCCUUGCGAAUAUGGAGCGCAUAAAGCCAGGGUCUUCAGAAAUCAUCGUCAGAAGUUUACUUCAGAGAUUGGCGAGCUCAAAGGAAUCUUCUAUGAAGGAUCUUCAGGAACUGGCGGCUGCUUUGUUGUCCAAGGGCAAGACCACCGAUGCUGAAGAAGCUCAAAAUGCAAAGAGACAACAGCCCAAAGAUUUCAACUCAAAUGCCAGUUUAAGCCCUCUUGCGAGGUUUCUCCUCUCGAGAUGGCAAGGUCGGGAGGUGUAAAUCAGUAACGAAUGGAGAAAAAUGGGACGGGACAGGACAGGAGGGAAAACUCAACUCUGCUUCGGAGAGAGCCUUGAAAUAGAGAAAGGCGCAUGCUGCUCUUUGAUUAUUAGUUUGUUCAUUAUUUGUUGUAGCUUUUUUGCCAAGCAACCUACCUACCUCUGUCUAGCCAUUCUUUGUUCUGGAUUUCCCAUGUACAUAGACUUAUCAUUAUUACUACUAUAACUAUACAUAUACCAUUGUAAGGGGGGAAAGGAAAAUUCAUUGUUCAUUCGUUGAUUGUUAAGCUCAGUUUUUUCUAGGCUCCUUUGUUUGGGACUUACUAAGAUUGUCGAGCUGCUAACCUUGUUGUGCAACGUAAGUAUUCUGUAAUUUUACAUGCAAUAGAAGUUAUUUGUAGAAACUUCAAUUGUUCGACUCAGAUCUGACGUGUAUAGAAAGAACAGAUUACAAUCUCUUAUAUAAAACUGAAUGCACCAUUUGUACACUACGGAUUUUGGAUGCACAAGGAAUCGUGUUUGUUGUAUACUUCCAGUGAAUACAUACACUCGAAUGUGCCUAAUGAAUUAAGUAUCAAGUUUCCAUCUACAUAGCUGUUCCUCGCCUUUCUUCCGCAUUCCAUUCUUGGAAACCUGUACUACCUUUUCUUGGGAGGCUGCCUCGAGGCCAGAGUCAAUUUACGAAAGGUGGCAUGCAAAAUUGUGACUGCGUAGCUGACCGCAAUAGCACACAGGAGAGCCUUUUGAACAUUCAGGAUUAUCAAAACAACUGCAGUUGCACAUUGUGCAGCGCGAACCAAGACUUGUCGAAGUACAGGGUACCUAUCCCAUUCCCAUCUUUCAUUAGAAAACUUAAACAUGUCCCAAACAGCCAAACACGAAAUCAAUCCGACGAGAGCCAGUGGCAUUUGAUACAGAGAACAGGCGAAGAAGACGAUGAAGAGAGUUGCGUAAUUCCUGGCAUAACGCUUUACAUUCUCCGUAACCCGGAUCCUGGCCUGAUGCGAUCCGGAUGGAAACGAGUAGGACCCGCAAUCCCCGAUGAAGGCCCCGGUCCAGGAAGGAGUCGGAGCGGAGAAAUCAGCGGCGGAGAGCUUCGAGAAAGGGUUGGUUGAUAAGACGGAGAGAAGGACGGAGAUGGCGGGAAACAAGGAAUCGAAAAAGAAUCCACCGGUCGGCGAUGCGUGGUCGAGAUCGUUGGUUGCUGCCUCCGCCGCCGUGUCGCUGGUUGAGGUGAAGUUGACGGUGGUGGCGGCCGUGGAGGAGGAGUGUUGGUCGAUGAGUUCAAGGUAGCCGGAAUCCCGGAGCCAGGACUCGAAUGCUUCGUCGGGAACGCUUACAGACAAAGGAUUCGCCGCGAAAGCCAUUUCCCCCUUUUGCUUGCGAUUCUCUUACCGGCGAGCAAAGAUUAGGUCAAAGCGCGCACCCGCCAUUUUUGCUCUAUUGAUAUCCGCCAAAACGAAGCCGUAGAAGAAAACGACUUUCGUUCAAUCUGAACAGGGCUCUCAUUCGCCGCCCUUAUCCUCUCUCCCCGCUCUCACCAAGCCCGAUUACCCCUUCUCUAGACGGUCAUCCUCGCCUCCAACAUUUUCUCUUCUUCUUCGCGUACGACAUUCUCAUCUGCUUCGACAGCAAGCCCGACCGCUUCAACCGACUGGAAUUACCAGAGCUAUGUUUCCGUAAGGAUUCGAUGCCCGCGGCAUGCUUACGAAUCGUUUUCAGAAGCUCUGCUAUGUUUUGGAGCAAGCUCAAGCAGCGUGGAUGGUGAUGGUGACAAUGAAGAGGAAGGAGAAGGAGUUGGUGACAGUUGCUUGAUAUGUAUCUGUUUUUUGCCCCACUACAGGAUGUUCAUGCGACUAAUAUGAUCCUCAAUCCUGGUCUUGCUUUUGGAACUGGAGAGCAUUCUAAUUCAAAGCUGUGUCUAUAUCUCUCAAAAGUUUGAUAACAGGAGGAGAAUGUUUCUUGGACUAUGGAACUGGUUCUGGGAUACUUGCAAUUGCAGCGCUUAAGUUUGGUGCAGCUAGGUCAUUUGGAAUCGAUGUCGAUGAGCAAGCAAUCAAAUCAGCACGCCGCAAUGCUGUUCUGAACAACAUAGAACCUGAGAAACUGAAACAUGUGAUGUUGUUGUAUCCUCUCCUGGAACUUGCAGAUGACAUUGUCUCUUUUGCCAAACCUUGAGACGUUGUUGGGUUAUCUGGGAUUAUGUCUGAGCAGUUGCAGGUGCCACUUAUUAUCGACAAGUACUACCAGUUUUGGGAAGAUCAGUCGGUUGUAGAAAUGGAUGGCUGGGCUUGUGUGAGUGGAAGAAAGAGAGCUCUGUCAAACCUGUGAGAAGGUGAGAGGAUCCCUUUCUAAUCACUGUGGAAACAGUACUAUGGGUCAGGCAGAAAGCUUAUAGCUUUCUCCCCUAAUCAUCUGUACAAUACGUUUACUCUUUACACAAUGUAAGUUGGAAUUUCCAGAUAAAUUAAUAUUGUUAAUUACACACAUGGAAUGGAAUUAAGAAAAGAAAUACACAGAAAUUAGUCAGGUAAUUAGUUAAUUAAUUACACUGUACAUCAACAGGAAAGAUAAAAACACAAGAUUGUGCAGUAGGUUUCUGUAAUUAUGCCCCCUUUUAAUGACACAGUAACUACACCAGCACUGCAAACACACAGCAGCACGACAAUGAUGUGGCCGCUCGUCUCUCCAUGUAAAAUGAACUUGUUUGGUUUCUUCUAGUUGGUAUUUCUGGUUUGGGGUUAUUGACAUUAGAAUAUAACAAUGACUAAGCUCUCUGUGACCAAGGAGCUUGCUUGAUCGAUUUAAUAUAUAAGAUGAUGAUCAAUUAUGUGAUUUGAUAAUUAAUCAAUUAAUUAAUUAUUUGAUAUAUUACUGUUCUAUGUUUUAAAAGGCGGGAACCAUGGCUGGCCUUGUUGUUGUUGUCGCCGCCGGUGGUGGUGGUGGUGGAGCUUCCCCAGUAACGUUGUUUGCUGCUGCGGCCGCUUCUGCUUCCUCAUCUUCCGACACCCACAUGAAAUGUGCGUAGGAUCCUAAAACCAUACAAUCGUUAGGGGAGGCAGAAGCAGCCUGAUGGAAGUAGGUAAAAGCUCUUUGUUGAUCUUUGUAAUUCUCCCAUAUCAGCCUGGCGUACAGAGACAACACUUCCCCGUCGCCUGGACUCUCCAGCAACGCUCUCCCGUAGUAUUCCUCCGCUCGUUUCACGUCCCCUUCGACCUUGUAUAGAAAUUUGCCGUAGUUGCGUAAGAGGAGGGCAUCGUGAGGAUUGGAUCGAAUGAUCUGCUCGUAAUACUCAGCCAUCCUUCUCUUAUUGUCAUUGUCACCGCCGUUGCCUUCUCCCCUUCCUCCGAACCCGCCGCCGUUGUUGUUCCCGCCAUUGCAAUUCCCGCCGUCCAACCUCUUCCCUGCCUCGCCGGAUUCCUCCACCGGGAUCCCGACCUCCGACGCCCACGACCCGGCGGCGGCGAUCCCCACCCCGUACACGUCCUUCCUCACGAACUUCCGCCCGGAUCUGGCCGCCGCGAUCGCCUCCUCCUCCACGGCGGAGAGGGAGCACCGGGAUGCGGACUGCGGGAGUUUCUUGUUGUUCAUUCCUCCGCCGCCGACAGCGGAGGAGAAGUCGCUGAAGGAUCGGGCCAUGUCGCUCUCCGACAUGGACCUGGUGAUGGUGGCGCCGCCGCGCCGCGGGCUGCUGGCGAUCUCGAGGUGGAGCGAUUUCUUGUUGUGGGCGUUUGGGUCCCAGGCGAACAUUCCGGUGAGCGAGUCAUUGCGGGGGAGGGAGACCUUGGGGGAAACCGCCGGCGACCCGGCCGGGCAGACCGGCGGGUGGACCUUGUUCGAGCUCGUCCUCAACAGAACGGCUUUCAUGGCUAAUUGAUCUACGAGAGAUUAAAAGAAGAUGAAACAAAAGGAAGUCUCGGA